AUGAAGUGCGCCACCAUCCUUGGUGCGCUGGCGUUCCUGGCCUCGGCUGCCUCUGCCGUCAAGGUGAACCCACUUCCCGCCCCCCGCAACAUCACUUGGGGCUCCUCCGGUCCCAUCCCAAUCAAGAGGAUCUCCCUGCGCGCCUCCGAUAGUCACGGCCACAAUCACGCCGUGGUCGAUGACGCCUGGGACCGAACUUGGUCGGCCAUUACCGAUCUCCAAUGGGUACCCGCCGCGACAGAAGCUCCCAUCCCUACCUUCGAGCCCUUCCCGACCCAUUCAGCCAAAAAGAAGCGUGGCACAACCGCGACGGAGAUCCGCUCCGUUCAGCUCUCCGUGGUCGAUGGAGAUGCCGAUCUGCAGCAUGGUGUGGAUGAAUCUUAUACUCUGGAGGUGACAGCAACCGGGGGAACCGUCAAGAUCACCUCGCAGACCGUCUGGGGCGCGGUCCACGCGUUUACCACUCUGCAGCAGUUGAUCAUCUCGGAUGGCCGGGGCGGCCUCAUUAUUGAGCAGCCCGUCAAAAUCCAGGAUGCUCCGCUAUACCCCCAUCGCGGUGUCAUGGUCGAUACGGGUCGGAACUUCAUCAGCGUCUCCAAGAUCCUCGAGCAGAUUGACGGCAUGGCCCUGUCCAAGCUCAAUGUCCUCCACUGGCACUUGGACGAUACCCAAUCCUGGCCCAUGCAGAUUCGAUCCUAUCCCCAGAUGACCAAGGAUGCCUACUCGAGCCGGGAGAUCUACAGCGAGGCGGAUAUGCGCCGGGUGAUUGCCUAUGCCCGGGCCCGUGGUGUUCGCGUGAUUCCCGAGGUCGACAUGCCCGGUCACUCGUCCUCUGGCUGGAAGCAGGUUGACCCGAAAGUCGUGACCUGCACCAACUCCUGGUGGUCCAACGAUGACUGGUCCAAGCAUACCGCCGUCGAGCCGAACCCCGGUCAAUUGGAUAUCAUCUAUAACAAGACCUACGAAGUGGUCGGCAACGUUUACAAGGAUCUCUCGGCCAUUUUCACCGAUAACUGGUUCCACGUCGGCGGUGACGAGCUCCAGUCCCAAUGCUUCAAUUUCAGCUCGUAUAUCAACGAGUGGUUCGCCGAGGACCCGUCGCGCACUUAUAACGACCUGUCACAGUACUGGCUCGACCAUGCCAUGCCCAUCUUCCGCGGCACCGGCGGUCCCAAGCGUCGUCUGAUGAUGUGGGAGGAUAUCUUCAUCAACACCGAUGCCGCGCACACCGUUCCAAGAGAUAUCGUCCUACAAUCCUGGAACAACGGUCUGACCAAUAUCAAGAACCUGACCGCCAGCGGCUUCGACGUGGUCGUCUCCUCAUCCGACUUCCUCUACCUGGACUGCGGUUUCGCAGGCUUCGUCACCAACGACCCCCGCUACGACGUCAUGACCAACCCAGGCGGCGACGUGACCUUCAACUUCGGCGGCGGUGGUGGCUCCUGGUGCGCCCCGUACAAAUCCUGGCAACGCAUCUACGACUACGACUUCACCGCCAACCUAACCGCAUCCGAAGCUAAACACGUCCUCGGCGCUGAAGCACCCCUCUGGUCCGAGCAGGUCGACGAUGUCACCAUCUCCAGCAAAAUGUGGCCCCGCGCCGCUGCCCUCGGCGAACUGACUUGGUCUGGAAACCGUGAUGCGGCCGGUAACAAGCGUACCACGCAGCUCACCCAGCGUCUGCUGAAUUUCCGGGAGUAUUUGGUCGCUAAUGGUGUGAUGGCCGCUAACCUGGUGCCCAAGUAUUGUCUGCAGCAUCCGCAUGCGUGCGAUUUAUACUAUAACCAGACUGCAGUCGCUCCCUAG